UGACCGGGCAGCGAAUCCUCAGGCUGUAACGCGACUCCAGCGUCGCCGACGGGGGCAGGGCUUUGGUUUAGUGCGGUGCCGCUACAACCCGGAGCCAGACUGGGAAACGCCGCGGCCGGUGAGGUACGAGGAUGAUGUAGCCAAGAGAGGGAACACCAUCAUCGACAGACGGGCUCGCAUGCUUCCCAACAAAGAGAGACCAAAUCCGGUCGCGAAUCCGUAGCCUCCAACUUGGCAAAAUGAGCUGACAAUGAUUUUUGUAUGUAUUUUUAUACGGCAUUUUUUAUUUGCUCAUCCUGGCUGGGGUAUGUGAUUUUUUUUUUUCGUCUAAUAAUAAAGGUGCAUUGACAUCUAUGUGUGCGUCGCCUCCAUCCGCACCGUCAGUCUCAUUUUAAGGUUUCCCGUCGCAUGGAAGGAUCCGCAAUAAGGCGUAGAAACCAUUUAAAGCUGUUAUUUGCGAAAGGUAACUAAGAAGUUGAUUUCUGGGUUUUACGGGCCCUGUUGUGUUUUUUUUUGUACCGUAUCAAAAUGAUGAACUCGAUACUUUUCGCCGAUGCGCUGUCAGCGACCACGAUGCCCGGCAACGCGGCGCCCACUUCGGGCUCGGGCGCGAUGACUAGCGUGCUGCGGAAUGACCUGGGCUCCAACAUCCACGUCCUGAAGACGCUGAAUCUCCGCUUUCGCUGCUUCCUGGCCAAAGUCCACGAACUGGAGCGCAGAAACAAACUGCUGGAGAACCAGCUCCAGCAAGCCUUGCAGAAGUCCCGCUACAGUGCACUGUACAGCCGUGAUGCGGCGGUCCAGGCGGACCUCGCCCCGGCGGAGCCGCAAUUCCAGGGACAUUUCCGUCAUUCCAGGUUGCCGGGUACCAUCUGGAGCUUCACCCACGUGAGACGACACGGGGAGCGCUUGGAGACCCUUCAGGGCCCGGGGGUAACUUGGACGCACCCGGACGGGGUCGGGGUCCAAAUCGAUACCAUCACGCCAGAAUUACGGGCGUUGUACAACGUGCUGGCCAAAGUCAAGCGAGAAAGAGACGAGUACAGGAAGAAGUGGGAAGAGGAGCUGUCUAAACGUCAACAACUGGAGUCCAUGGUGGAGACACUGCAGGAGAACGUCCAGGAGUCAGAUGCCAUCCAGGAGGCACUAAAUGAGAAGGUGGACCGGCUGAAGGCCGAGCUGGUGGUCUUCAAGAGCCUUGUGACUGACCAAAUGUCCGACCUGGACACUAAGAUCCAGGAGAAGGCCAUGAAAGUGGACAUGGACAUCUGCCGGCGCAUCGACAUCACGGCAAAGCUGUGCGACGUCGCCCAGCAACGAAACUCAGAAGACAUGUCCGUCAUGUUCAACGUGAGCCCAUCCAGGGAGGCGGCGACCCGUAAGAAGGACCGAAAAGUAAUGUCAGACGAGGACAAUUCAGAGAUGGACGCUGACCCCAGCACCUCGGAGGAGGAGGUGGCCGGUUCGCUCAACAUCACCGAUGAGAUGAAGCGCAUGCUGAACCAGCUGAGGGAGACGUUCGACAUUGACGACGACUGCGACAGCUUGACGUGGGAGGAGAACGAGGACACCCUUCUGCUGUGGGAGGACUUCACGAACCUCAACGCACCCUCUGCCCUCUGCGUGGCUGGCUGUGCGGCCGACUGCAUUGGGGAAGGCCAGGAUGCCGUGUUACAAGAUGGGACGCUGGGUACUCUCAUCAACGAGACAGAGUCCCUCUUCAAGACAAGAGAGAAGGAGUAUCAGGAGACCAUUGGGCAGAUUGAGCUGGAACUGGCCACAGCCAAGAGUGACAUGAACAGGCAUCUACAUGAGUACAUGGAGAUGUGCAGCAUGAAGAGAGGGCUGGACGUCCAGAUGGAGACCUGCAGGAGAUUAAUCAAGGGCGGCAGGACCUCACCGUCUUUCAGCUCAGUGGCGAGCAGCGAUUCGGGGAAUACGGACGAGAUCCAGGACGAGCUGGACAAGGACGGCGAUGGAGAGGGGGCGCCCAGCUGAUCGCCCCGCUAGGCCCUACCCCAGCUGGCCCUGCCCUGCCUUGGGUGGGCUAUCUUGGGCACCAUGACCCUAAAUGCUGCUGCCAAUGUCAUUCACCCCACCCUCACUGCUCCAAUAGUGGGAACAAUGUCUUUGGUUUCACUGGCCCCCGCCCAGUCCUACAGCUCACCUCCCCCCGCCUGUCUGGGGGCCUCUGCUUCCCCCCCCCAGCUUCACAUGGGCCAUGCAUCUUCACUUCCCCACCUCAUGCCAGGAAGACCCACCUUCACAGGGAAGCAGACAUCAGCCAGAGCAGCUGUGUGCUGAGCUUCCUCUCAUCCGGCCCCUCCCCUGCUUCGGACAGUCGGCGCCCCCUACAGACAGGCGCUUUUUACCCUCCAAAGACCAGGGACACGCAGCAAGAUAGAAAAUCAGAAAAAAUAUAUGAACCAUGCAGGACCUCACCGGGGGUGAGGAUAGGGGUGGGGGGGCGGCAGAGAAUCGAGGCAUCUAGAUUGCACUAGCCAAGACCAAUCCCCCUGGUACUGGUGCCCAACUUGUUGCCCUGCCUUAAAGUCACAUGGCACUUCUUCCCUUUUUGGGACAAAGGGGAGGUUGGCAGAGCCCCCCCCAUAGCAAAGCACACCCCCAGUUAAAAAACAAACAAAACAAAUAACAAAUGCUUGGUUCAGGUACUAUGCAAUUUGCUUGCCUUAUUUUUUAGACCCGUAUUUAUUACUGUCUUCAUUAUUAUUGAUGUUGUUUUGCCUUUUGCAGAGUUGCGUUUUUGUAAGUUUGACAUGCAUGGAAGGUUCAGAACGUUUAGUCCAAUGAGAAAAGCAGUGAACAGCGCCCCCGCGUGUCUGCGCUGAUGGAGACAGUAUGAGAAGACAACCCUAACUAAUAUUUUUUAAAUUGAAUCUGAAAACGAUUCAGUUGUUCUACAGAAUAAUUCAACCUUUAUUUGCGCUAACAUGAAAUGGUUAACCCUUCAUAUGGAGGGCUUACUAGCAAGUAUUAUAUUAAUUAAUUUCUAGACCCUUUUUAGAUCUCAGCAGCAGCGGCGCUUUCGUAUUAUUCGUUUUGAUAAGACGGAGAAAAAAGGUGCAUGUAGUUAACCAAAGUGGCCGCUAGAUGUCACCCCAGCCUCGCGCUUUUUGUUAGGUUGCCAUUCAAACGUUUUCUCUGUUUUUUACUUGUUUUUUCUUUUUUACGCGGAAAACCACAUGUAUUCAAUUGGCGCCUGAUCGUACCUUUAGUGGCCUUUUGCUUGAAAUGCUGAUUACACAUUUGUAACGUUUAUGAGUUUUUCAUUUUAGUAGUUUACUAUUUUUAAACGGGUGUAGGUGCUUGAAUACAUUUUAAUUUACAUUUUAUUUAUAGGCAUAAAACAACCUGUUGUGAAAAAGGAAGUCACAACACUGAUAUAUGUUAUAGUUAGUGAGGGUUAUGACAUUCAAGAAAACUUGCUACGUUACGGAUUACUGCAGUAUGAACCAUAACGUGAUACCUGUCUUGCAGUAAAACUGGUCAGAGUACUGCGAAAUGUACAUAACAUGCUAAUUUGUUUUGAAGAGCAGUUUGCUUUGCUCAGCUUGUAUUUGCUCUUCGACUUGUAUUUGCAUUGAACCCCUCUUCAUUGUUGUAGAUAUGAGGGAAAACCCAAAUCAUUACUGACCUGUUUCGUACAAAUGGAAGACGCGCACACUCGCGAACCCCAAAGCAGCACAUCUCUUACAUCGUUUUUAAAUAGUUUAUUUGGAGACGUGCGGGGCGAGUGUUCGCCUUCCCCCAUUAAUCCCUCCUGUCCACUGUGGUACUAUCUUGAGAAAAAAAAACCUGACGACGGACAAACUCAUUGUUGUUUUUCCUUUUGCGUUAUUUUUGGUUUCAUUUGUUAUGCAGGUUUGUAUAUUGUUAAAUAUGAUUUCCUUUUAUGUAUAUGUGAAAGGGAUGGGAAAUGAGUGUUCUCUGCUGUCUUAUAUUCAAAGGAUUCACAUGCCAAUGAUUUGAAAGCAACUUUAACAGUAGGACAGGCACAUAGUCCUUUAGUGAAGGGGCAUUUGAAGUCGGAACAGCCACUGCUUGGGUGAGAGUACUAAGCACCUCGGAAACACUUCAGACGGGUUCUAGACGGGUUCUUCACGGCGGGAGUGUGGGAGCUCCUGAUUCCGUUUACGUGGGCCAGUGUUGAAUUAGCAGGACUGGCCAGGAUAGUUUUUCUAGUUUUGCACUUAACUUCCUUACCCAAGGACCCGGUCCAUCUCCACGGUGUCAUGGACCUCCUCAGCCAAAGAUCACCUGAAGCCCGACUGGCAUGCCUGUAUAUUCAGUGAUCAACAGAGACUCGCUCCUCAAAACUGAGGACGUAGCACUUAAGAGGCUGGUUUUAUUUUAUCCAACCAAUGCCCCAACUCCCAAAAAACAUAUAUAAAUUAUUGUUCAUCUAUCAAAGGCAGUGUUUUUAUACAGUCCAUAUAACGUCUUUUCUUAAAUCAGUGGAUAUAAAGAUCAGUUUUAUAAAUAAAAAUGUUCCCAGACCCCUCGUAAGCUGCUUGGGGUCUAUGAGAGUCAGAAGCAGACAUAACAUUUAUGGUUCUCAAAUGUUUUUUUUUUUCCCAAAUGUUUUCCAGGCCUAGUUUAGCGAUGGAGCACUUUCCUUAAGUAUCGCUUUGUUGUGAAACUUUUUUGCAAUGUGAUUUUGAAAAGUAAGAGACAGGUCAAAACAUUUCUUACCUAUUUAAUGCAGUCCGAUUUUCUCUGCACACAAGAGAGAUGAACAGUCAUGAACCAUGUCAAAAUUUUGAAGUAGCUAUCCUAACUUGUAAACUUCCACGCAUCUUGAUGUGUUUCGCUAUCAAGGAUGACGACACCGUUACAGAACCGUGUCAGAUAUUCUCUUAACGAACCAUUGGAUGUUUCUCAUUAUGUCAUUGGUUAACCCUAUAGUUUGAUCUGGCGGCAUGGCAAUCACCAUGUGGAAAAAAUAGGUUUAGCCGUUAAUCUAGAGAAAAACGAUGCUCGCAUCAGCCUUGCUUUACCAAAGUAUAUAUAAUUUAUUUUUAGUGUCUAAAAUAAUUAAUUCCUCAUGCUGCUAGCCAUUAACCAAAAAAAGACAGCUUCUGAUGGGGGUGCAUACGUACGAUGACAGGGCUGCUUACAUCACAGAAUUUUCCUACCAGCUCCAAAAUCCGUGAAUCCUGUGAUCCUCAUCAGACCGACAACCCCUAAGAACACGCUGCUUCAGACCUUUGUGUUAGCAAGGGGCAUUAAAGGCUGAUCUAGCUACAACAAUUCUGUUUUUUUUUUCUUUUUUUUUUCUUUAAUCUACUCUGUCGCCUUAUCAGCUCAUCAGGGUACUAACCUUUUUUCCCAGAAGAAUAUAGUUAAUUUCUUAAUACAAAGUAUUUUAAUCAUUGUUAUAAGCAUUAUACUUUGAUGUUUAAAAAAACAAAUUAAAUGAUUGCAUUGAUUAUGUGGAAAUACAUUUACCAUAAUGGAUGUAAAUGGUGUCUGGGUUCAAAAAAAUAAAUAAAAAAAUAUUCGUGGGCAACA